AUGGCGGCGUCCGCAGUGAGGGUGCUGUUGGAGGGCUGCGGGCGGCUGUGCUCGGGAGGAAUCACUGGGAGGACUGUGGGCGGCCUGUCUGGUGUAAUACUUACUGUUCUGCGUAGAAGAACUCCAGAAAUCGGCUCUCUACAGCAGUGCACAUCAUUUCACUCAUCAGCAGCACGAAGAGGCCUUGAGGAGUUCUUUGAUGCCCCAGAUAAUUGGGGAGAGAAGUCAAUAAAGUCAGGUGAUUCGUGGACUGUUAAUCAGUUGAGAGGCAAAAGUAGUGAAGAUUUACACAAGCUUUGGUAUGUGCUAUUGAAAGAGAAGAACAUGUUGCUGACUUUAGAACAGGAGUCCAAACGACAGAGAGUAGCCAUGCCCAGUUCUGAUCGUCUCGACAAGGUAACAAAGUCCAUGGAGAAUCUUGACAGGGUAGUUACAGAAAGAGAGACUGCCCUUCGCCUCCUGCAGACUGGUCAGGAAAAAGCACGUCCAGGAGAAUGGAGGAAGGACUGCUUUGGGGAAACAACAUGGCACAGAUUUAAGGAGUGGCCAAUUCCUUGGUACAUAAAUAAACGUCACAGGAGAUCACAGUUUUUUGCACUGCCAUAUGUGGAACAUUAUAACAGGUUGAAAUUAGAAAAGGAGCUGCGAGCUAUAGCAAGAAAAAAAAAUGCAUCUAAAAAGAAACAACUUGAUCUAGAAAAGCGAUUUCCACAUAUAGCAAAAAAGUCUUGA